ACAAACAGGACAUUUGGACAGCAUUUCUCAUGAAAAAGUGGAUAAGUAUUCACACACAGCGCAGAUCAUAAUCAGUGAGCAUGUUUUUAAGUAAAGUGUCGUAACCCUUUGUUAAACACAGCUGAUUUUUUACGAUAUUCCAAAAGUAUGGGAAAAAUGCAUAGGCUUCCGAUAGAGGGAUCCCGUGCGCUGCUAACUUCUGGUUUGGCCAACAAAAAUACGUCAUUUCUGAGGUAUAAGCUCUUGAUUUUUAUUAUCGUUUCAUCUCCUGCUUCUACAUUUUGUCAGCAGGAUGUCAGCACUAACACGGUGUAAAUGAUUAUUUGUGUCUCUGCUACUUGGUAAUUACUUGUGAAAUCUGCUUGAAUAAGACAUAAUUAUGUAAUUUACUUAUUUAGUAAUGUUUACUGUAUUUUGUUCUGAUUGUAAAGAAUGACUGUAGUUAGAAAAUAAGUCACUGUAAAAUGUUAAACACUAAAAAAUAAAGUUGAUCUCUUUAUUUAGAUGGUUUAAAAUGCCAUUAAAACUGCUGCAGUAAGUUGCAAGUGUGUACAAAAAACAAAAACAAAAAAAAUACAAGAAAACAUUAACUUGUGUGUAUUUUGAAGUGUAUCAUGCAAGUUGCACUGUACCCUUAAAACUACUCAGUCUGACUCCAAUAAAACAUCAACAAUAUAGCACAUACCACAUAAGAUAUAGAACAUUUCCAGAUAAACCACUGAAUGUGAUGAUGUUUAGGAUGUGGCAGCCCAUGAAAAGGCUAAAAAAACCAUGAAAAGUGAACAGGUGGGGAAGACAACGGGAAUGAUGAGACACAGGUGUGAAAGGACAACAUUUACAUGGGCUACACAAAUAAAGUGGGCAAAAGAAGUAGCAUAUCAUCAACAGUCUAAAGCGCUUCUUACCAAAAGAAUAUGAAUAAGGCACUGUGAGUUAAAUGAGGAAUUACACUUUUAUCAAGACUCAUAAUGAACAAUGUGAGAGAUGCGACAAGUAAUUUCAGUUAAAAUAACAUGCAAACUAAUAACUGAAUGGUCAAUUUUUAGGGUUCAUAAAAACAGCUUUCACAAUCUGAAAUAGAAUGGGAUUCAUUAGAAAAAUGAGUGCAUGUAAAUAUCCAGUAGGUGGCAGUAAUACACUAAAAAGGUUUCUAGUUUACCGUGUAAAUCCAAGAGGAUGCGCAGAAGAGAGACACCAGAGCUGAAAGUUUGAAGACCAGUUCAAGUUAAUCACGACCGUGUAAGAGUUUGAGUGAAGUUUUUAAGCUGGAUGCUGUAAAUUUUCAGUGUUGUUGCUGCCACACGUGAGAGAUGACAUGAACCAGCCUGAGAGAUCUGGUCCUGUGGGCGUCAGUAUCACACAGUGAUCACAGUUCACACUUGCAGUGAAUAGAAGGACAAACUCCAGGUGUAGCAGCUGAAAUCUGUGAUGGAGUUUAUUAAAGAGGAGAUUGAACACAUGAUUCAUCCAGAACCAUCCAGAAUAAAACAUGAAGAUAUUGAGCAACAAAUAGACCAGAUGGAAGUGAAAGAGCAAAAACACAAACUAUACGAAGUUGAGAAGGAACAUUGCAACUUCAAAACUCAAAAGAAAACGCAUCAUAAAGUGAGAGAUCAUGUGUGCUUAGACUGUGGGAAGAGCUUUACAACAGGUUGCACACUGAAACGGCACCAAAGAAUUCAUACUGGAGAAAAACCUUACAAGUGCUCAUAUUGUGACAAGAGUUUCGCUCACUCUGGAACUCUGAAAGUACAUGAGCGAAUUCAUACUGGAGAGAAGCCGUACCACUGUACACAGUGUGGGAAGAGUUUCAAAUGUAAAACUGAUCUCAAGUAUCAUCUGCGCAUUCACUCUGGAGAAAAGCCAUAUAACUGUGAUCAGUGUGGUAAAUAUUUUAAAUUAUCAUCAACUCUAAAAGAACACCUGAAAACUCACAUAAACAAGAGGUCUUAUUUUGCAUGUUCUUUUUGUGGGGAGUUUUUUACGCGGCAGGAUCAUUGUAAACGACACCAGAAAAAACACACAGGUGAGAAAGAUCAUGUGUGUUUGGAGUGUGGGAAGAGCUUUAUUAGAGCUGACCAUCUCAAAAAUCACCAAAGAAUUCAUACUGGAACAAAAUAUCACAAGUGCUCAUAUUGUGACAAGAGUUUCACUCAUUCUGGAAACCUGAAAUCACAUGAGCGAGUUCAUACUGCAGAGAAGCCGUAUUGUACUCAGUGUGAGAAGAGUUUCAAAUAUAAAAGAAACCUUCUGAGUCACAUGAAGAAAUGUCUUAAGAAGUCGUCACAAUGAGCAACAUUUCAUUCUUCAUGUCAAAUAAACAUAGUAAAUGGUGUGAGGUGAAAAAAUAUAUAAAAGCUCAAUAUUAUCUAGUUUAACUUGGUGAAUUUGAAAUGUUUAGAGAAGUAUAAAGACUUGUAGUCUGAUUAAGGAAUUAAAAGAGAAAAAAAAUGUACAGUGUCAAUAAUUAUUUGUAUAUUUCUGGUAAUUACUUUGCAAAAUCUGCUUGAAUAAGACAUUCAUGUCAUUUAGUUAUUUACUAAUGUUUACUAUAUUUUGUUCUGACUGUACCAGAGUCAGUGACUGAAGUUAGAAAAUAAGACACUGUAAAAUGUUAAACAAUAAACAAACUGCUAAAUAAAAUUGCAAUUAAGUUU